AGCAAGAGGGAGAAGGAGCGGCUAAAACCGGGAACCGAAGCGCCACAUCCACCGCUACCACCACCACCACCACCACCACCUCUACUACUACUACUACUACUACCGCAGCUAGCGCCGAGCCCGCUGCCGCUGCCGCCGCCGCCCUGGGUGCCCCCCGCCACCGUCAUGGGAACUCCGCAUCAGAUGCUCCAACCGCCACUUUGUCCGUGGGCCAUGUCGUGAUCCGUGGGCUCCGCCAGCGGGUUUUCUAUCCGUGAUCCCGACUAGGAGGCUAGGAGGGAAGAGGAGGAGGAAGAGGAGGAGGUGGGAGAGAGGGAAGAGGAGGGGGGCAAGGUGGUGGUGGUGGUGGCGGCGGCGGCGGGGAAGAUGUUCGCCUCGGUGGGCCCUCGGGGCGGCCCGCGCCCACCCGUCGCCCCGGCCAUCCCGGAGCCGGACCUCAGUCACCUGACGGAGGACGAGAGGAAGAUCAUCAUGGCUGUGCUGGCUCGGCAGCGGGAGGAAGAGGCGAAAGAGGAGGCCAUGUUAAAAGAAGAAAAGCCUAUCCAAGCCAGAACAGUGAACCUGGUUGGACAGAAGAAACCCCCGCAGCAAAACGACGUCCGAGGUAUCCAGCAGCAGUUAUCCAGCUACAGAGAGACUGUGAUCCGACAGGCCACGGCAGCGGCAGGCUCGGCUGUUCACCGGGACGACGCGCCGACCUGUGGCAUCUGCCACAAGACCAAGUUCGCAGAUGGCUGUGGGAACCCGUGCUCGUACUGCCAGACCAAGUUCUGCGCUCGCUGUGGGGGGCGCGUGUCCCUGCGAUCCAACACGGAGGACAAAGUGGUGAUCUGGGUGUGCAAUAACUGCCGAAAGCAGCAGGAGAUUCUGACCAAGCCAGGGGAGUGGUUCACCGGGCCCCCCGGGAAGCCCGCUGGCCUCGGUUCAGCCGUCAGCGAGCCGUCAGUGUGCCAAGCUCCCGGGGAUAAGAAGCUCAGAUCUCGCUCCCAAGCACCACCGGGGUCCACCACUGCAAUCUAUGACCCCAACCGACCGAGCGCACCUGGGACCGCGCCUGGCACUGAUGCUCGGUCGCUCAGUGAACCACCACGAGACACGAGGAAUGGACGGGGUGGAGGAGCUGGUCGGGGAGAGCGGCGGCAAGGCCAGCCCAGGCUGAAGACUCAAGUCUCCAUGGACCGGGACCUCAGGGGGGAGUCUAGGGAACGCAGGGAAAGUCGGCGCCUGACAAAGGGACGUUCUCUGGAGCACGAUCCUGUGGGAGGUGUUGGAGUAAGACGGACAGAAGAGGGGGAUUACCAUCACAUGGACCACACCGGUGCGCCCCCUCGACAGGCAGGGCCCGUACCUCCUGGAGGCAGGGGCCAUCCUGUGCCCGGGCAGGGUCGAGGCACAGGCGCAGGGGGAGGUGAGGUCGGGGACGGUGCCCGACCUGGACAGAGGACGGCGGGUGGGGUAGGGGGGCUGCAUGAACAUGCUCUUUCACAGCAAGCCCCUCCCCCUGAACUCAGAGAACCUCCUGAUUCAGGUCCUGGCUCAGCCCCGGGCCAGGGACCCUCAGUGAAACGGACCAAACGGGACAAAGCUGAGAGCAUGCUGCGCAACGAUUCGCUAAGCUCUGACCAAUCGGAAUCUCUGCGUCCGCCACCGCCGCGGCCCUACAAGUCAAAACGAGGGCAGGGGGCCGGAGGGAAGAGACAAACGAGCGUCAGUAGUUCGGAGGAGGAGGGCGGGACCACGCCUGAGUACAGCAGCUGUGAGGAUGCCGAGAUUGAAAGUGUCAGCGAGAGAGGCGACUGGGAAUGCUACCCACAUGACCCCACUGUGUGGCAUCAUCCUGUAACCUGGCAGCCAUCCAAGGAGGGAGACCAUCUGAUUGGACGGAUCACCCUCAGCAAGAGAACUGCUGCCAUGCCUAAAGAAGCUGGCGCUUUACUGGGGUUAAAGGUGGUGGGAGGCAGAGUAACAGAGUCAGGGAGAUUAGGAGCCUUCAUCACCAAGGUUAAGAAGGGAAGCCUAGCUGAUGUGGUGGGACAUCUGAGAGCAGGUGACGAGGUUUUGCAGUGGAACGGGAAGCUGUUACCCGGAGCAACUAUGAAGGAGGUUUACAACAUCAUCUUGGAGUCUCAAGCUGACCCUCAAGUGGAGUUGGUGGUAUCCAGGCCUAUUGGUGAUAUCCCAAGAAUCCCCGACACGUCCCACCCUCCAUUAGAAUCUACAGGUUCCAGUUCUUUUGAGUCCCAGAAGAUGGAGAGACCAUCCUUAAAUGUCCUGUCUCCCUCCAGUCCCGGGAUGCUCCAAGAUGCUCCCCAGUUAAUGCCAGGGCGACUCUCAGUGAAGCUGUGGUACGAUAAAGUGGGUCACCAGCUCAUAGUGAACGUGCUGCAGGCUGUGGAGCUUUCUCUUCGGCCUGAUGGGCGGCCCAGGAGCCCCUAUGUCAAAAUGUACUUCCUCCCUGACCGCAGCGACAAGAGCAAACGAAGGACAAAAACAGUGAAGAAGACCUGUGAGCCUAAGUGGAACCAGACAUUCGUCUACAGUCACGUCCAUCGCAGGGAUUUCCGAAACCACAUGCUGGAGCUGACCGUGUGGGACCAACCCAGGUCUCCAGAGGAGGACAGCAUCUUUCUGGGAGAGGUCCUGGUGGAGCUAGAGACGGCCUUACUGGAUGACAAGCCUCACUGGUAUCCCCUCCAAACUCAUGAUGUCUCAUCCAUACCACUGCCCCAGCCCUCCCCAUACCUGCCCCGACGACACAUAGACGCCCCUGGCAAGAAAUUGCAGCGUUCUCAGCGUGUAACAGAGGCUGAAUUUGAUGAGGGUACAGCAGUAGUAUCUAAAGCAGCAGAUGGACGUGGCAGGGAGAGGCAGCGGGAGCCCACAUCUACCCUGGAGGUCCCUGAGCAGCAGAGGACCCCCACCCAUCACAUACGUUCUCGUUCAGUCUCCCCUCAUCGAGAGGAGCAGGGGCGCAUCCGGUCGCGGCCACCCAAUGUCCCCCCCCAGAGGAGCCUGGAUGAUGAGCUUUCUCACGGUCGCCGUUCUCGUUCUCCGUCCCGCUACUACGACGCUGGUAGAGGUCGCCAUCAAGGGGAAGGGUAUCUGGACGACAGUGAGGUCUUCACGAUCCACCAAUCAAUGCGAGGCAAAAGUGCUGAGUGCCUGCACACCAGGAGACCUACUAGGCACAAUAACACACUGCCACCUAAGAUGCCACUUUUGUUCAGCAGUUUCCGCAAACAGGCAAAUAGUGAUCUGCAGCCUUCUCUGGACAGGGUUAGGAGCGCUAGUGCCAACUGUCUGGCUCCAAACAAUCAUGCCCCCUCACCAGAGACUGAAAGAAAAUCUUUGUCCCAUUCCCUGCCCCGAAGACGUCCGGCAAGUCCAAGGAUUCUUAUUCAACAUGCUUCCCCUGAAGAUGACAGGAAGCCUCGGACCCUGGAAACAGCUGAAAGUCACACUCUUGGCAGGAAGCUCUUUGACAGUGGCAGGGGACACCUCCAAAGUGGUGGGUCUCUUUCCUCCUCGGUGACGUCCUCAUCAACUCGCAGAGUGAGGCAACUCCCACAGCUUCCCCCCAAGAGCAGCACUGUAGAACAAGCCCUGGUAGCAGAGGAGCGUGUCCGUCAGCUCCAGAUGAGGGUUCAUUCCAAUCGGGUCUCAGCUCCAGCCACCUCCAGCCAACAGGACCUUGACCGAGCGCUCAAGAAUAAACGAGAGCUCUAUAAGGACCAGAGGAGGAGUAGUGAAAAUGUUUCCCAUAAGUCCUCAGACAGUGAUGUCAGCGACGUCUCAGCCAUCUCUCGAACCAGCAGUGCCUCUCGCAUCAGUAGCACCAGCUACAUGUCCAUCCAGUCAGAGAGACCCCGGGGACGCUUCAGCCGAGCCAUGCGCGCAUCGGGUCGCCACAUGAUGAAGAGCACCAGCAUCAGUGGCGAGAUCUACGGCAUGGAGCACGCUGACGGCAGCCAGUCAGACACGGCACUCGGGAGCCUGGGGAGCGGGAUCAAGAAGCGGCGCUCGAGCCUGAGCCAGCGUGUUGUCGCCAUCCUGCCGUCCAGAAGGAGUCGAAGUACCUCGCAGCUUAGCCAGACAGAGGCAGCGGGUAAGGCGGCGGACAGACAGAAAGAAGCGUCAGCAGGUAAGAAGGUGGGUAAGGCCGGCAGCAGCAGCAUCCAGAGGAGUGUGGAGACGGGCAUGGCGGUGGAGUAUCCACGAGGAGGGUCAGCCAUGAACCGACAGGCGAGCAGAGAGUCGACCGACGGCAGCAUGAACAGCUACAGCUCUGAGGGGAAUUUGAUCUUCUCAGGGAUGCGUUUGGGUGCUGACAGUCAGUUCAGCGACUUCUUGGAUGGAUUAGGCCCCGGUCAGCUAGUGGGCAGACAAACGCUGGCGACACCAGCUAUGGGUGAUGUUCAGAUUGGUUUGAUGGACAAGAAAGGCCAGCUGGAGGUGGAGGUGAUCAGGGCACGAGGCCUUACCCCCAAACCAGGCUCUAAAUCCCUCCCAGCUCCCUAUGUAAAAGUGUACCUGCUGGAUAAUGGAACAUGUAAAGCCAAAAAGAAAACUAAGAUUGCACGAAAGACCCUGGAGCCGCUCUACCAGCAGCACCUGCUCUUCGAUGAGAGUCCCCAGGGCAAGGUGCUUCAGGUGAUAGUGUGGGGUGACUAUGGACGAUUGGACCACAAAUGUUUCAUGGGUGUAGCACAGAUACUGUUGGAGGAGCUGGACCUCUCUAGUACGGUGAUCGGCUGGUACAAACUUUUUCCACCAUCCUCCCUGGUGGACCCUACAUUAGCUCCGCUCACACGGCUGGCGUCUCAGACGUCACUGGACAGCUCAGGACCGCCGCCGGGCGUUCGGUCCUAGUGACCGGACGGUGACCGCCUACCCCUCAACACCCCUUAAGUGACAAAAUAGAAUAAUGGACCACAGCUACUGGACCACUACUGAGCAGAGGGGUGACAACACGCCCCGAGGAUGUCGACGAGAAGCCCUCUUUCAAAUGAUGAAAAGCCAGACGGAGAGACAGGGAAUGCGAGCGAGAAAGAGAGGGAGAGAUAGAACUAGCCAAUCAAAGCUUAGCUGGAGUCUGACAAUCACGUCUCACACCUUCCCUCUCCCUCCUCCUUACACCUUUUUGUGUUCAAAGUUUUGCUUUCUUUGUUUUCUCCUCUGACCUGCAGCAGUGGAGGCUUCUGUCCAACAUUGUUUUCUUUUUCUGUAUUUCCUUGUGCAGCCACUAUCAGAGCACCCAAACAAAGUGGGGUUCUCCGCCUAGUAACCCUCCAGCCAAUCAGAGUAGAGCUUACAGCCAGGCCACAGGGAAAAGUGUGGAUUUAGCAAAUAGUUGCGGCUUCACAGGUUCGGCUGUUGUCUCUUCAGGUUUUACCGUGGCGAUAGUGAUGAGCUCAAGGGGACAGACGUUUGGUCCCGUUUAACCGUGAUGGAAAGGGAGCCUGCACAUGCACUCGCACAUUCUUAGCCUUGACAAGAAAAGUUGGACUCGUUCAUUCGAAUCGAGGCCAAACCUUUUCCAUGUGGAAAGAAAAAAUAGACCAAAUUGCGGAUUAGAAUUUCACUUUUGAUUUUGGAUCUUUUUUUUUCCUGCCUUUGUUUUUGCCUACUGUCCAGAAUGGUGCCACAUGGUGCAGACUCCCUCUGUGUAUGUCUAUGUUUGGUUUUUGAGCGAUGGCAUGCCAAAGGCCAAUGACAAAGGCCAGGCCACAUUUCUUUGAAUACCCUCCGCCCGACCGCCACCGCCCGUCUCCUCCCCUCCCCGAACCCCUCGAACUCCCCCUGUGGGAGGGAGCAGCAUGACUCGGGGACGCCCCCUCCCCGGCCCCCAAGCUGCAUGCACGUUUCUUUCGUUCCGUUUCGUUUUUUCGGUUCGUUUCUCUACUUUUUUGUAAAAUCGAAAGACGAGACAAAUUAAGGAACAAUUCUCAAAAAAACAAAAACAGAAAAAAAGACUAGACUAUGUGUGUUAGUUCCACAUACUUUUAGGCCAGCUUGUAUGUUGCAUGUUCUUGUACAGUUUGCUCGUACUGAAUAUGAAUACAAACCGAGAAAAGCCAAGCCAUCCCCGCCCCCUAACAAGAGCGGAUCUAAUGGGGGGGAGGGUGACAAUUCCACCCAGGCCUCGCCUACCACUCUGGGUCUAAAUAUCCGUAUUAGGAAGUCUCCAAAAGAAAAAAAAGAAAUUGUCUGAAUUAUUUUAUUCUUUGAACCCUUUGAACAACAGUGCUGUUCUGUAGUACUGAGCAUACUCGAACCCCUGGCGUAUCCGAGGAUGUAGGUGUCUAAACUGUAGUUUAUGACAGUCGGGGCUAGAGACAGAGAUAGAGAAUGUGUGUAUAACAGCUAAAUGUAUAUGAAGUAUCAUUAUGAGUUUGAUAUAAAUUAUAAAGAUAUAGAUAUAUGAAUAUAAAAAAAGAGUGUAUCUGACUGUACACCCGUCACCAAUACACGCAGACAUGCACACUUUGUACAUACAAAUUAGGCUUGAACUUAAGUUAUGAACGAACAAACGCAUCGCUGACACACAAACAUUCCUGGUCUUGUUGAGGGGAAUACGCGUCCAGUGCUUGAGCUGCUGAGUGGCUACGAGACACAAGUGGGCGCCAAUAGGCCUUUAUUUUGAUUUUGUCCCAGUUGCAGAAAAACAAGCAGAACCAAUUGGAGCAAAGUUUACUUUCUCUUCCUGAAAACCAUGUUUUUUCCCCCCCAUUUAUUACUAUUGGUUUGGACUGGACUUCUAAAGCCAACAAGAAACCUGGUUUUGCAGACAUAUUUUGCAGAUGUUUUUUUGUUGAAGCACUUGGCGGUACGGCCGACUGCCCCUUUCCUUUGUCAGUAUUACUCCAGGAAUACUGAUUGUUUACAGCCCAUGGCUCCCCACUCCCAAACCACGAUACUAGACGAAAGAUGAAGUAUUCACUGCAACAGUUCUUGUUUGUAUAACAGAUGUGGCUCUACUGAUGUGUAUGUUUUAUAUUCAAGAGUUC